UAGCAUUUUUCAGGUCCAUUUAGGCUUAACACGGUAUCUGUAGUGCAGCCUGAGGAGAAAUUUAACUGAUUAAUAAAGCAGGCAGACAGUGAUUCCGCUGAGUGUAUCAUCUGAUUUCGUCUUUUGAGGAGCGAUUUUCGACUGCACGACUUACUAUAGACUAUAUCCCCCCUGAAGAUGGAGUUUGGCGGAAGGAAGAGGAGAAGGAAGUCACAGAGCUUUAAACUGGUCACGGAUGAAGCAGAUUUUGACCCUUCAUUUAUGACGAAUUCCAACUGCAAAGAUGUCAAUGGGGAGCCUAAGGAUGCUGCUCUGCCUGGUGUUUGGCUGAGGGACGAAGGUGUGGAGAUCAAGAGGCAAAUCACAGGAAUGAUGAGGCUUCUGAGUGAUAAGACUGGCAGGGUAUAUCAGCGUGUGGUAACAGAGCAGGACAGCUUAUCAAAGGAGCCCCAGGAUAGGCAUCUGACCUGGGUACAUCAGCCUGCACCUUCAUCUCUUGUAUCAGAGGAGCACCAGAGCAACAGCUGGAACUCUGCGGGGGACCCAGGGCCUUCACCUUCAUCCAUAUCUACCUCAAUCGUCAACGGUCCAGGCUGUGGCCAGUACAGCACCCGCUCCAAAGCCCUCAGGAUCCUGGACAAUAACAAGGAUCUGACCAAAGCGGACGAAGCUAAUGCAGAUGUUGUAUCUCCUGCUGCGCCAGACUCCCCCUGCUGUAUGUGUAACUGUAAGGGCACCUUGCAGGCUAUUUUGCAGGAACUGCGUGCAAUGAGGAGGCUGAUGCAGACUCAAAAAGGAUCCUUUGAAAGAGAGGAAGAGGCAGCAUCGCCAUGCAAACCUCGUCUUGGUCCAGGCCCCGCUCCUCGCCGUCGGACCCGCAAGAGGAGGCCAAUCUAUAAAGUGACGCCACUGACUGUGUCUAGUACUAGGAGAGCUGCUGUUGCCCCUCUUGAGGCAUCACCACCUAAAGCUGCACCUGCAGAAUCUGGAAAGAGGGAGGAUUGUGAGAAAGCGCAAGGCUCAUCUACACCCAACAGUCAUUCCAUCUCCUGUGAGGUUUCUGUGCUGCCACCUCAGAACAAUCCAGUUACUGUCAAUAACAAACACAAGUCUCUCCUGAACCAGUUAAGGGAGCCUCAGUCAUUGGAGUCUGAGGUGCGUCUUGCAGAGGAUCAUGACGUGUAUAUCUCAAAGGCUCAGCUAGACUCCAUUCUGGUCAACUAUACACGCUCUGGCAGCCUGCUGUUCCGGAAACUGGUGUGUGCCUUCUUUGAUGAUACUACGCUGGCAAACUCCUUGCCAAAUGGUAAAAGGAAGAGAGGGCUCAAUGAUAACCGUAAGGGCUUGGACCAUAAUAUUGUGGGCGCCAUUAAAAUGUUUACAGAGAAAUACUGCACUGAACACAGAAUAGAGAAAUUGCCUGGGCCACGAGACUGGGUUCAGAUCCUUCAAGAUCAGAUCAAACUUGCCAGGAGGAGGCUGAAAAGAGAUGCUGCAGAAGCAGAAGACGUCUUAAAGGGACCUUCCACAAGCUAUGACUGUAACAAGCCUGCAAGUGUGGAGGGGCCGGUGGUGAACAUGACUGGUUGAUUCAAGAGCUGCCGCAAUGGCCUUACAGCAGAUUUGUUGAAUGUCUUCAUUACUUCUCUAACUUGGUGCAUUUUGCAUCUGCUCUGUGUUAUGGUUGUAAAUGGAAAAAACAAUAGGACCAAAUGAAGAAGACUGCCUAAUUAUAUAUAGUCUCUCUCUCUCCCUCUCUCCCUCUCUCUCUUGCACACACACAUACACAUAUAGACGCAUACACAUGCUCCACAUUUUGUGGACUUUUCAUUGGACAGAUAGUGGAAUCUGGUAUUUUGGGCUAUGAGACACUGGACUAGUGGUUAAAAAAUGUCAGAUAAUGUUCAUGUUUAGAAAUAACUUACUGUUUUCAUUAUAGGCUACAGCUUUAACUUGCCUAGUUAUCAUAUGUCAUUACUAGAAUUACAAGUCUAAAACAAGACAAAGUAGGCCGACUGUAACAGUAGCUAGAGAAUUCAUAUGCACAAAUUACUUUUUACAGGAAUUUUUCCAUUGUGGAUUGUGACCAGUACUUCAAUGGGUGUAAUGUGAAAUGCAGCGUCAACUUUAAUUACAAACAUUACAUCCAAAGGUAAAUAUCUGAUGUAUUUUUGGCCAAUUUUGCAAAUUAAAAAUAUGAAACUGAAAUACAAAAUAUAAAAUAUACAGUAUUCUAUGAAUUUUUUUUCUUCUUUUCAUUGUUAAAAUACUUAAGCUAUGCAUAUAUAUUGUGCUUGUUGUUAAUAUCGUGAUGGAAUUACAAUUUUAUUUCAUUUUCAAGCACUGUGCAUAUUAAAUGAAUAGUUGUUUCCACUAUUAAAUAUGGAUUCCUGGCCA